GCAACACGCAACUCCUUCCAAAAGGAGGCAUAUACGAAACUACAUCCUGAAUACGAGAUACCAACACGCUCGUCAUGCCAAUGCUCAUCAACAGGUCCACCCUGGGCCCAAAACGAGCAGCCCUAGCCGGCGCACUCUGUCUCCUGCUCGUCCUCUUCCUCUGGUCGAGAACGGACGGACCUUCAUCUCAUCUACCGCUUUCUUCGGACAGGCUGAUCAGUGUUUCAUCGUUCCCCGCGUCUAAACUGGUCAGACGGAUAGACGGGUACAACGUCCUCGAAAACGUCUUGGCUCACGACGACAAAUUAUAUAUCAUAACCGACGACCUAUCAACAAUAGACCCUAACCUGAUCAUAUCCCAAUCGAGUGAUCGAAAACAUUCCAAAUUGAAGAUCUUAUCCCGCGCCCAAGCCGAUAACUUGUUAAGAGGGACGUGCAGGACUUAUCCGGAAGCGUGCGAGGAAGUUGGAGAAAAGCUUGAACUUCGGGUCCAGCACCUCAGCGGAAUGUCGCUAUACUUAGCCGACGAGCCUGAUCCUCAUACUUCGUCUACAACCCUUGAAGGCUAUCGUCAUUUCGCCGCAGAACUCAUCUUCGCCGGCUAUCGAGCCGGAAUGUCUAGCCUCACCCGGUCCGAGGCCGAUGCGGUGAUCAUGGGCAAACAAGAAGAUAUCAGUCGGGUCAUCUUCCCCGGCCGAGAUCUGGGUGGAGGUGGAGGUGGAUGGGGGGACGAAGCCGGUCUGGCGUCGAAGCUGAAUGAGAUGAUCGUCAGGUACGGGUUGGCUUGUGAUGUCGUUGAGCAGGAACAUUGGCAGCAGUUCACCGCACGAGAAGCUCCUUGGGUCUUGCUCGAAAAGGUCGUCAUCGUCGAUCGCAAAGCAGCCACGCACAACCACUCCUCAGACCCCUUCCUCUGGAACCAACCGGCCCUCUCCGCUCUCCAGACGCCGGUAGGGGCUACCAACCCCGCUGCCUUUUUCGCUCGUCCCCGUACACGGUUGAUCCGACACCUCUUACAAGGCCCGGAACUGCAUAUCCCUACGCUGCGUAAGAAACGUAACAAGUCGUUCAAUGGGAAACAAGUCAAGAUCGUCUACUUCUCCCAGCAGGGCAGUAAUAGUAACAGAAAGCUGGUGAAGGAGGAUCACGAAUUCUUGGUGGAGCUCUUGGGGUCGUUGGAGAAACAAUCUCGGGGGAGGUUUGGGCAGAAGGUCUCCGUCGAGGUCGUCGAUCCCGAGGUGGUCUCGGCGGAAGACCAGGUCCGAAGCGUAUUAGAUGCCGAUAUCGUCCUGGGUAUACAUGGUAGUCCCCUAACUCACACCCUAUGGAUGUCACCUGGCGGAGUCGUGAUCGAGAUCUUCCCUCCGAAUACGUUCCUUCGGGAUUACCAGAUCAUCGCUGAAGCUUUAGGUCAUCGGCAUGUGGCUGUAUGGAACGAUCGUCAACACAAACCGGAGGAAUGGAUGAAACACGUAGGCGAGCUGGGACGGGAAGCUUUGGACGACGGGAGCGCGAUACCAGUAAGAUUAGCUCCGAACUCAAAAGCUGUACAGACGCAUAUUUUGAAAACCUUACAAAUUACCUUCGCAGCUGGAUCAUGCGUAUAUUCGCCAGGUUGUGCGGACUCAUAUUAUGAGGAUGUUGCCAGGAGCCAUCUGAUGUGCGUUAACGUGGCCUUGUACGUGGGACAUCCGGAAAUGUAGCCAAUAGUCGAUACUUUCGUCUGGUAUUCAUAAUUUCUUACAGUCUUGCAGAUUCUUACACGUCCAUGUCUCGAUCCUGUCCGUCGGGACAUGUCAUUUUCCAAACCCCGAAAAGUCUGA